AUAGAAAAUAUUAAUUAUAUUGAGAAUUAUUCUGAUCCGUAUUCUAGCAAUUCUAAUAGUGAAUUUGCAAUCGAAAUAGAAAACUUUUCUAUUCUUAAUUUCGAUGUUGCUAUAUAUCAAGAUAUUAAGAAUAAAAUUUUGCAGCAAAAUAGUGAAAACGAAAAUGAAGAUUAUGAUCUGAAUAAUGCAACAAAAGAAAAUAUAUCAUCUGAGUUUGAUGAAGAAGUUGAAGAAAUUAUAUUAGAUCAAACUGUAAAAACAAUAAAUACAUACCUUGUAUCAUUAUAG